AUGUUAUCCCUUGUUCUUGGGGGGUGCUGCACCAACGUAUGGGCAUAUGAGCGGCUGCUCAGGAUAGAGUCGCGAGUCGGUUCUGCUCUGACAUUUUCGCAGAUGUUAUUCAUCACACUUCAGCAAUUGCCUUCGUUCAUAACUUGGAAGCCUUCUUCUGGAUUACUACCGAGACUGAAGCCUCGUCAAGUUCCUUUGUCACAGUGGCUACUGCAGGUUGUUGUCCUGGCCACUGGAUCCUUGUUUAACAACUGGGUAUAUGCAUUUCAUGUUCCGUUGACAAUCCAGAUCGUAUUCCGCUCGGCAGGACUGGCGGUUUCCAUGCUCUUUGGCCGCUUUUUCAUGCAUAAAAGGUAUUCGAUUCAGCAAGUAACCGCGGUUUUGCUCGUCUCUAUCGGGGUCGUCGUCGCGACCCUUUCUCGUCCGCCUUCAACAGACCAAUCGACCGAUGAUCUGUUCGAAUAUGCACUAGGCGUCACGAUGCUCACUGUGUCCCUAGCCUUGACCGGAACCUUGGGCAUGUUGCAGGAGCGCACGUACCAAAAGUAUGGACCGUGCUGGAAAGAAGGUGUCUUCUACACUCAUGCAUUAUCUUUGCCAGUAUUCUUGUUUCUCAUCCCUCAAGUAAAGCAUGGUCUCGGCAGCCUUUCUGAGAAAUCGGGCUCUGUUGUGCCCAUGCCCUAUGUCAUCCUUGCUGCCAAUCUUGUUUCGCAACUCGUCUGCGUUUCUGGUGUCAAUCAACUGUCCUCCAGAGUCUCGUCGGUAUCCACACAAGUGGUCUUGACGACUCGCAAGGCAAUCAGUCUAUGCUUUAGUGUCUGGUGGUUCGGGAAUGGAUGGAACGGACAAUUGGGAUUAGGCGCAGGGAUGGUAUUCGUUGGGUCGUUCUGGUAUACCCAGAUCGAUGCGGACGGUAGAACUGGGGCUGGAAAGAAGGAUUGA